CCUCUCUGUCAGGACCCUGGUCUGUUGGAGGGCAGGGUGACUCUGCACCAGGUCAAAGCAGGCUCUGUGGUGGCCAGACAGGGAGACCAGGAGGUGAGUGUGCAGUUUGUGAUCUUGGGCCUGCUGCAUGUGUACCAGCGGAUGAUCGACCGCGAGGAGGACACAUGUCUGUUUGUGACCCACCCCGGGGAGCUGGUGGGCCAGCUGGCUGUACUGACCGGCGAGCCCCUCAUCUUCACUGUCCGAGCCCACCGAGACUGCAGCUUCCUCUCCAUUUCCAAGACUCACUUCUACGAGAUCAUGCGUGCAGAACCCACAGUGGUGCUGAACGUAGCUCACACGGUCGUGCGGAGGAUGUCGUCCUUCGUCAGGCAGAUAGACUUUGCUCUGGACUGGAUGGCUGUGGAGGCCGGCCGGGCAGUCUACAGACAGGGGGAUAAGUCAGACAGCACCUUCAUAGUUCUGAGUGGCCGUCUGCGCUCCGUCAUCAUGAAGGAGGACGGCAAGAAGGAGCUGACCGGAGAGUACGGCCGCGGUGACCUCAUCGGCGUGGUGGAGGCCCUGACCCAUCAGAACAGAGCCACCACGGUGCAUGCAGUGCGUGACUCGGAGCUGGCCAAACUACCAGAGGGAGCACUCGGCUACAUUAAGAGGAAGUUCCCACAGGUAGUGACGAGGUUGAUUCACCUUCUUGGUCAGAAGAUCCUGCAGCAGGUCAAUGGCCCUCUGACAGCCCGGAACCUGGCCCUGCACACCCCAGGCAGUAAGUGGGAUGCGGGGAACCCGGCGUCCAACCUGUCCACUGUCACCGUGCUGCCUGUGUCUGAGGAGGUACCUCUCACAGCUUUCACACUGGAGCUGCAGCACGCUCUCAUCGCCAUUGGCCCCACACUUCUACUGACCAGCGACAGCAUCAAGCAGCGCCUGGGAGCGGCCGCGCUGGACAGUGUACAUGAGUAUCGUCUGUCCAGUUGGCUGGGCCAGCAGGAGGACAUCCACCGCAUCGUGCUCUACCAGACAGACUACACCCUGACCCCCUGGACCCAGCGAUGUAUCCGCCAGGCCGACUGCAUCAUCAUUGUGGGACUGGGGGAGCAAGACCCCGCUGUGGGGGAGUUGGAGCGGAUGCUGGAGGGCAGUGCGGUGAGGGCCCAGAAGCAACUGGUGUUGUUACACAGGGAGGACGGCCCCCCGCCUCAGGGCACUGUGGAGUGGCUCAACAUGAGGAGCUGGAUCUCCAGACACCUGCACCUCUCCUGCCCACGCAGGGUCUUCUCCAAGAGAAGCCUGCCCAAACUGAUUGAGAUGUAUCAGCGUGUGCUCCAGAAGCCGGCUGAACGCCACUCUGACUUCUCCCGGCUGGCCAGGGUCCUGACCGGGAACGCCAUCGCCCUCAUACUGGGGGGAGGAGGGGCCAGGGGCUGUUCUCAGGUGGGUAUCAUGCAUGCUCUGAGUGAGGCAGGGAUCCCUGUGGACCUGGUGGGAGGUGUUUCCAUCGGCUCCCUGAUGGGGGCGCUGUACGCAGAGGACCGCAGUCACAGCCGCAUGAGGAUGAGGGCACGAGAGUGGGCUAUGGGAAUGACCUUGGUGUUUAAGAAGGUGUUGGACCUGACCUACCCCAUCACUUCUAUGUUCUCUGGCGCUGCCUUCAACUCCAGCAUUUACACGGUGUUCAAGGACAAACAGAUAGAGGACCUGUGGAUCCCCUAUUUCAACAUCACCACUGACAUCACUGCCUCCACCAUGAGAGUGCACACAGACGGCUCUCUGUGGAGGUAUGUGCGUGCCAGCAUGUCUCUCUCUGGCUACCUGCCCCCUCUAUGUGACCCUAAAGACGGACACCUUCUGAUGGACGGAGGCUACAUCAACAACCUACCAGCGGACGUGGCUCGCUCCAUGGGUGCCAAGGUGGUGAUCGCCAUCGACGUGGGCAGCCAGGACGAGACCAACCUCACCAACUACGGCGACUCGCUCUCCGGCUGGUGGCUGCUGUGGAAACGCCUCAACCCCCUGGCAGAGAAAGUCAAGGUGUUGAACAUGGCAGAGAUUCAGACGCGGCUGGCAUACGUGUGCUGUGUGCGUCAGCUGGAGUCAGUGAAGGGCAGUGACUACUGCGAGUACAUCAGGCCUCCCAUAGACCGAUACCGUACACUGGAGUUUGGCAAGUUUGACGAGAUCGCUGAGGUGGGCUACCAGCACGGCAAGACGGUGUUUGACGUGUGGAGUCGCAGUGGAGUGGUGGAGAAGAUGCUGAAGGACCGUCACCAGGAAGAGUUUCACAACACGCACAGCAACAACAACGGACCUGUGACCUGUCCUAAUGCCUCCUUCACUGACCUGGCAGAGAUCGUGUCUCACGAGCUGGCCAAACCAGCUCUGGUCGACGAGGAGUCCGACUACCCAGACUAUGAGGAGGAGGCGGUGGAGAGUGCCUACUCAGACUUUGAGCUGUCCAAUCACUACAGCGAACACACCACCGAGGGGAAGACUGCGGACACGGAUGAAGAGCUGCUGGACAUGGGGAGAAGACGUCGCCUCCCCCGGGCUACAGCGACAUGA